AUGCAUUCGCUGCUGGGCCGGGAGAAGAAAGAAGAAGAAGUCGGGUUCGGGAUCGAUCUGGGUCUGUCUCCGGGCUUCCUGCCCCAAGCUGCCACCAUGUUCAGCUGCGUGGGCUGCUUCUGGGUGCUCCUGUCCUCCGCCCUGGUCGCCGUCUGUAGUUUCAGCUUCAUCUCCCCGGCGUGGAUUGUUAAGGACCAGCUGAGGAGCGGCCACCAGCAUCAGCACCACCACGCCAACGGCAAGGACUCCGUCAGCUUCGGGCUGCUGUGGCACUGCUCGGAGUCUCUGGAUCACAUGUACCGGUGCUACACCUUCGGGGGAUUGGGCAAAUUUGCGGAGAUCCCCUCCAGCUCCUGGCAGGGCUCCCCACGAGCUGGCAUUUCUCUUUGCUCCCCGCUGAACGUGGCCGAGGAGCCAUAA